AGAGUGUUGGUAUGAGUGUGAGUGAGAGCGAAGUUAUUGUUAGAUGGAGACGUACAUACUUGCCGUCUUCCUAGUCUCUUCUCUCGUUCUUUAAUAUAUAUUAAAAACUAUAUAUUAAUUACUGUUUUGGCAGGAGUAAUGAUCGAUUCGUCAAUCAUUUUCGAUAAUGAACCUCCGAUCAGGUAGUAUUGAAUCUGACCCAAGCAUCUUUAAUGGUGUACUGGUCAACAAAAUUAUAUUGAAUAAAAACACAGAUGACCAAUUGGAAUGCAUUGGUUACAAAGACAAUACAUGUAAGAAGGUAUUGUUCUACUUGUUGGUGUUUUUUACACUUGGUUUUAUACUGCUGAUUUUUUACUGGGAACCAAAAUAUGAAUUAUUUCUGAAGAAAUCCCAGUGCCCUUUACUGGAGGCUGACGCUGUUCUUCUGAAGGAUUCUUAUAACCAUGUGUUUGUUGAAAAGAUCAAAUUUAUGUACUUUGAAAAAGGCUGCUGUGUGGACUUGUACCAUGGGGACCCAAUUUACCCUGAAAACACCACAGAAACAGAUGAAGUGGCAGCAUUAGUUAACCAACAGUAUAGUAGAGUGGAUGACCCUAAGGAAUGGUCUCUCAGAUAUUUUGAUUACCAAUAUGUCAGAUAUAUUUGGGACAUCAGGUUGCAGUCUUUUAAAAGACUGGAAGAUCUUUCCACCAACAUUUAUUGUAAAUCACUCCUAGAAGAUUUCCAUGGACUCAGCAAAGACGUACAAGCACAAAAACGUCAGAUCUAUGGAAGUAAUGACAUCAUCAUUGAAGUGAAGUCUUACUGGAAACUUCUUAUAUAUGAGAUUCUCAAUCCAUUUUACAUCUUCCAAAUAGCCAGCAUCAUUCUCUGGGCUGUCGAUGUCUAUUAUUACUAUGCUGGUUGUAUCUUCUUUAUUUCCUGUGUGUCCAUAAGCAUCUCAUUGUAUGAAACCCACAAACAAAGCGUGACUUUACAUGAUAUGGUCACUUCUGCCAGGGAGAAGAUUCGGGUGCGCAGAAGUGAUGACCGGUUCGAUGAAAUUGAUACCAAUACAUUGGUGCCUGGUGAUGUGAUAGCCAUACCUGCCCAUGGAUGUGUUCUACAGUGUGAUGCUGUUCUUAUUACUGGAACUUGUAUAGUUAAUGAAAGUAUGCUCACCGGCGAAAGUGUUCCAGUGACAAAAACUCAGCUAAGUGGCCACGACAAUGAAAUUUACUCCCCGGUCAUUCACAAAAAAUACACCUUGUUUGCCGGUACCAAUGUCCUUCAGACCAGGUAUUAUGGACAGGCCAAGGUAUUGGCAGUAGUAGUUAGGACUGGUUUCAACACUGCGAAAGGUGAACUGAUAAGAGCCAUCUUAUUUCCAAAACCUCUCGGCUUCAAAUUCUAUAAUGAUGCUCUCAAAUUCUUGCUGUUUCUUUGCAUAGUGGCCAUAUGUGGAAUGGGGUACAGUACAUAUACCAACAUGAUACACCAUCUCACUAUCUCUAAAAUCAUCAUACGAGCUCUGGACAUAAUCACAAUUGUUGUCCCUCCUGCUCUACCAGCUGCCAUGACUGUUGGAAUGGUAUAUGCCCAAAACCGUCUGAAAAAGAGGGCCAUAUUCUGUAUUAGUCCACCUCGGAUUAACUUCUGUGGCAAGUUAGAUCUUAUUUGUUUUGACAAGGUAAUUCAUUUUAUUAUUAGUAUGUAUUACUGUCUGGUACUGUUUUUAUUUUCAUCAUACCAUAUUCCACCAUCAUACAGUGACCAUUUCCUCUCUGUGAAUAAAUGUGUAUACAUUUCUCUCUUCUUUCUCUUCUCCUCUUUUCUCUUCUCCGUUGAGCAGGUACUGGACGAACCUGGUAAAGACACAACACGCUUUGAUAGUCUCAUGCCGACGGUGGUGCGUCCGCGCAGCACCUCAAUCACUGCUACUGCCUCUACUUCUGACCUUACCACUACUUCUGCAGAGAAUAACGACGCCUUAUUUGCCACUUCUAAUGGUUCAUUCUUGCAUCUCGGUGAUUCUGAUUCCGUGGUGAUUCAGGAGCCCGGCAGUGAGACACGGAAAUUCGACAGUUUUACACCAACUGUUGUUAAGCCUUGUUCCAGUGCUAGUUUUACAAAUGUGGAUCAGACAUCCCUUGAAGUCGGAAUUGUGCGACAGUUCACUUUUACCUCAAGUCUUCAGCGUAUGAGUGUGAUUGUUCGCAAACUUGGUACCAAUCACAUGGACAUUUAUUCGAAAGGGGCUCCAGAGAAGAUUGCAUCACUGUGUAAUCCAGAUAGUAUUCCAGCAGACUUCUCUGAUAUUCUCCACAAAUACACAGUGCAAGGGUUCCGUGUUCUUGCCUUAUCCUGGAAGGAACUGGACCCUAAACUCACCUGGCACCAGGCACAGCGGAUAAACCGUGAAAAAGUGGAACAUAAUUUAAACUUCCUGGGAUUGCUUAUAAUGAAAAAUACCUUAAAACCAGAGUCGGCACCAGUCAUCAAGACUUUACAAGCUGCAAAUAUUCGUUCAGUGAUGGUGACAGGAGAUAUGAUUCUGACAGCUGUCAGUGUUGCUAGGAACUGUGGAAUGGUGAAGCCAAAACAAAAUGUGAUCAUCGUUAAUGCCUCACCUCCAGAAGAUGGCCAGGAAGCUCAGAUUCAUUGGGAACAAUCUGAGUCCGUCACAGAUGACUCUCUUAGUGAAUCUGAUCAAGAGAAUUGUCCUCUUCUUCUGUUUAAUGAAACCCAAGAACAGGGUUACCAUUCCAUUCGAUGUGAAUCUGACAGUAGAAGGUAUCACUUUGCCGUGUCUGGUAAAGCCUUUUCUGUGCUGAAGACAUACUUCCCCCAGUUACUAAACCAGGUCUGCGAAAGAGGAACAAUAUUUGCCAGAAUGUCUCCAGAUCAAAAGGCUCAAUUAGUGGAGAAAUUUCAAGAACUGGAGUAUGGAACUGGUUUCUGUGGUGAUGGUGCUAAUGAUUGUGAGGCAUUAAAGGCUGCCCAUGCUGGUAUCUCUCUGUCAGAGACUGAAGCUUCAGUUGCUGCUCCUUUCACUUCCAAAAACCAAAACAUUGAAUGUGUUGUAACUGUGAUAAAGGAAGGUCGAGCUGCUUUAGUCACCUCUUUUGGUUGUUUCAAAUACAUGGCCCUCUACAGCAUCAUCCAGUUUGUAUCAGUGCUCAUUCUUUAUACUUAUGCAACCAAUCUUGCAGAUUUCCAGUUCCUUUACAUUGAUUUAAUCAUCACAACCUCUGUUGCUGUUCUCAUGGGUUAUACACAGUCCAAUAACAAGUUAGCUGUGAAGAAACCAGCAGGAAGUCUCAUCAAACUCACCAAUAUAUUUUCUAUACUCUCACAGAUACUUGUUGUUAUAUGUUUCCAAACUUCUGCAUUUCUCUACCUACGAAAUCAAAGCUGGUAUAAGCCUGUAAAGAAGAUCACCAGUGAUGAUGUUGUCAAGUGUUCCGAAACCACUCUUAUGUUUUUAGUAUCCUCGUUCCAGUACAUUUUUGUAGCUUUUGCUUUCUCGAAAGGACCACCUCACCGUAAACUAUUUUAUACAAAUGUACCAUUUACAUUCGUUACUGUACUAUUAGUUGGUUUCACACUACUACUUCUGCUUCAUCCAUUUUCAUUUCUGACUCAAUUUUUCCAGAUGGUCCCCUUUGAAAAUACUCAUUUCAAAAUGAUCCUGUUGGUGAUAAUAGUAUGCAAUGCUGUUAGUUGUUUAUUUAUUGAGUUUUUAAUUGUCGAUUUCAAUAUCUUUUCCCGCCUACGGAGAAAGUUUCAGUGGCGGAAAAGGAAAGUGAAACUGCACAAAAAACUGGACCGCCAACUACAACUGAUGUGCGACUGGCCACCAGUCGGCAACUGUACGUAUGCGUCAGACUUUUUGGCCAGUAACACUGUCGCCAACAGUAUCAUAGAGCAGAAUUCUAUGGACACAUCUAUAGAGAUGAGCAGAUGACAUCUAAUUGUGUUUAAUCUCUUAUCAAAGUACAUUUCUUAAACUCUUUCUAAAACAUCUCUCGUCUCUACUAAAUAUUUCUUAGCCUUGGUUAAAGUACCAGCUAUCUAUCAGUGUAAAGAAAAGUGUGUGUAUAUGUGUGUGUGUGUGUGUAUAUAGUGAAGGCACAUAGUUAGAUUAUCAAGCUUACAAUUGUGAGAUUGUGAGUUCGAUUCCCAGACUGGGUUGUGCAUUGUGUGCUUGAGCAAGACACUUUAUUUUCACAUUUGCUCCAGUUCACUCAGCUGUAGAAAUGAGUUGCGAUGUCACUGGUGCCAAACUGUAUUGGCCUUUGCCUUUCCCCUUGGACAAUAUCAGUGGCUUGGAGAGGGGAGACUGAUAUGCAUGGGUGACUACUGGUCGUCCACAAACAACGUUGCCUGGACUUCUGAGGGAAAAUUUCUAGGUGCAAUCCCACAGUCGUUCGUCACCAACGAGGGUCUUUACUAUACACACACACACACACACACACUUAUACACAUAAAAAAACUUAAAUUUUGAUUGGGCCAAUGUCAAAUGGAAUAUUUUUUUUAACUCAUAAUAUAUAUUUUUUAGAAUAUUUUUUGGAGGUCGUGUAUGUGUAUAUAAACAUAUACUGCGAAAUAUUUAUGUAUGUAUAAUAUAGGUGCAGCUAUGGCUGUGUGGUUUCAAACCAUAUGAAUUCAGGUUCCAUUCCACUUCAAGGCACCAACCCCAACACUUUAUGCAAGUGUCUUCUAUAUUGGGCCAACCAAUGGUUUAUGGAUGAAAUUUAGUAAACAGAAACUAUAUGGAAGCCUGCUGCAUAUAUAUAUGUGUGUGUUUGUGUUAGCAUGUCAGACAAAAUGUUGUGGCAUUCCUUUAUGUUAUGUGUUGAAAUCCUGUUAUGGUCAACUUUGCCUUUCAUCCCUUCAAGGUCUAUAAAGUGCUAUCGAAGUAUUGGGGGGUCAAUGUAAUUGACCUGUCCUCCCGCCCAAUCAAUAUUUCUAACCUUGAACCCUGCAAUAAAUGGCGUUCCAUUCAAGAGAACCAUGCCAUUGGGAUCUUGGUCAUUUAUACUCCAUGGAAACCAAGUUGCUGGUCUAAUGUCUUAGGUCUCAAAAAAAAAGGGGGGGGGGCAGGUUGGUGCAUGUGCACACACAAGUUCGUCUUUUUUAAGUGUUUGAUAACUUGUGAGCAAUGGUAUGUUUUACAUUUACCUUAAGCAGUACAUUGGGUAGCAGCUUGGUGAUUUUCUGAAGACUUGUGGAAUAAUAAUACAUAAUUUAAAAAAAAAAACAAGAGUGGGCAGCAAAAAGAGAACUCAGCUGUAAAAUAGUACCUCAAGAAACAUGGAAAAAAAAAAGCUGUUCAUAUAUAAAUAAGCAUAUAUAUGAACACAUAUAGCAUAUUUACUAGCAUAAGGGACACAUUAGAUACACCCCCAUUAUCAGCAGUACAUAUUCAGGAAAAAUGUUUUAGAGUAUCAAACCAUGUGAUGUAAGGGUAACUUGUUUUUUUUGGUUUUUGGUACAUUUUGUUUUUGGAAUAGAGUGUCAUUAUGCUGAUGCUAGUAUGGGUCUAGACAGUUGUUUGAGGCAAGAUUUCACAACUGGAUGCUCUUGCUGUUACCAACUCUUGUUUGUUUCUCAAGCAAGGAAUAUUUUCUUUAUUCCACAAGACUUCGAAAGCUCAGAAUGACAGCAUGGAAUAUAAAUACAUAUGCACAGACAUACAUAAAGAUAUCUACAACAGGAUUCCUGUAGCUGGACCAAACCUGAAACUAUGUCGUUGCACAGUAAACUUUUUCAACCACACGGCUAUGCUAACACCUAUGUGUGUAUAUAUAUACACACAUACAUAAACUGUCAGACACAUGCAAGCAUGGAAAAGUAGACGUUAAAAGGUGUAUGAUAUAUAUAUAUACACACAUACAGAAAUGUAUGUGUAACAUGUUCUUACACAGGCACAAACGUAUGAAUAUUGGCUGAUGUACAUGGGGUAAUUUUUUUUUUGUUUUUCUGGCGUUGUGGGUGACAGUUGUUUCUAGAAAAUAUACUGAUGUCUAUUUUACCAAAAUGAAUCUGUAAAUAAAAUAUCUUACCUUUUUU